UACCAAUAAAAGCAUGGCAAGGCGUCUUUGUAGCUAAAAUAUUUCCUUUUAUAUCUAUUGUUAACUGAUCUGGAUAAUUUUUAGUUUCACUAGUUAUAUAACUCUUUGUAACAGUUAACAAAUUAUUACUAGUGAUAUUUGCGGGAACAAUCAAUGGUUUGUACGUGUCAUUUACAAAUUCAGCAUUCAUAAUUACAUCAUCUUUGAUUACAUGUUUAUUAUGAGUAUUUCUUUGAUUUAUAUUUAUGACACUCUUACGAUUUCUUGUAUUUUUGCCUGUCGUAUUCUCAUUUAAUUUCUUUUCAUUUAAUAUUUUUUUCAAAACUAAAGGCAAUCCACUCUUUGUUGACGUAGUGCUUGUUUCUGAUAUCGCACCCACGCGAACAAUUUCGUAGCUUUGAGAAUUAAUUGCCUGUUUUUCGGAUGUUUCGGAUUCUUGAGAAAUUAGUUUUUCAGUAUCAUUUAGUUUUUGGUCAUCUUUGUUGUGUAAAAGGGAGCUGGAUAUUUUAUUUAAAACCAUUUUAGUGUCAUUUAAUAAAUUAAGAAUAACAGGAUUGAGAAAUCUAGUCUCUGCUGUUUCCAAUGAACUUUCUAGACCAGAGAGGUUUCUAACUAGUACCUGGCCAACGCCUGAAGAUGAAUGCAGCUCCUUUGACUUUAUGUCUCACUCGGUUCCUUAGUGCCAUGCGCCCACGCCUCUGCAGAGUAAAGUGCUCCUCUUCAGAAAGAUCGUCGUGCAACAAAGGAAACUGCUCUCGACACGACGCAGUCAUGCCUGGACACACAAUUAUAUCUAAAUGUUAUAGGGAAAUGGUGGAGCUUGCUCCACAAACUAAAAACCAGGAGGAGCGACCGCUUUUGAAGGUGGAAGGAGGCAGUGGGGAUGGCCGGCCGGUGCCGCCUAUCGACUCGGCCUGGACCGUUACCUGCACCAAGCGAUGCUGGUUCGACCGCUGGCCUGAAUUUUUGACAGCAUGUUGGAUGACUGGAAUUUUACUAGCCAUAUCCUUUUUAAUGAUGUACGUAUUGACAAUCGGCACUGUGAAGAGGCAACCAGUAGUUAUCCUCAAAUGCAAUGCUUCGAAGCCUAGCAGCGAGGUCUACUAUCAUCAAAUAAUCCAAAGACAGACACCCCCAUCAUUUUCCUUAUAUGAAGAUUAUUUAGCAAAAAUGGCUACAACAUAUCCUGCUUUACAUUUCAACAUGAUUUUCAUGAUAGACGAUACUUUACAAACUAAUAGAAGAGGUUUUCCUCAUGUUAACGUUUAUGGCAGAUUAAUUCCAUUUCAUCUUAGAAGAGAAGUAAAUAAUUUUCAAAAUCACAAUAGUUUGAAAAUAAGAGAAUUUGUACAUAAAUAUCAGAAUGUCAAUGUAACAAUAAUACCUCUCAGCGAGUAUAUGUCACGUACGCAAUUGAAAUAUAAAUGGAGAACUCUUCCAUUGUUUUACUUGUCAUUUUAUGCUAGAAUAUCUUCUGUUUGGCAAACCGGAGGAAUCGGCAUAGGUAUGCCUAUAUUCAGUAACAGACACAGCCAUCAGCUCUACUUUCCUGAUAAAAGAGUAGAGAUGAUUUUGAAACAACACAACGAUGGCAUAAAAGUGGAAGAUUAUAGAAGAGUACUGGAAACAAUUGAGAGAAAUGAAGAAAGCGAGUUCAUUUCUGUAAUCUGUGGAAUAGUCAAUCAAAUGGUGAAAGAUACUGCAGAUUUCUUUAACAGUUCCAAUUGGUUUCCGUUUGCAUCACAAAAAGAAUCAAAUACAAGUAAUUCCAUCGUGAGGACACACAGAGAUAAACGCGACGCGAGCGACAAAGGAAUUAUUAUUGAUACAAGUAACAACGAUAAUAAAAAUAUAGAUAAACUUGCGACUGUUCACAACUUAAACUCCACCAAUAAUUUUGAACAUAUAACAGAUUAUAAUAAGUUGUCAAAUAAAACAAAUACGACGGAAAACAAUCUUAUCAAGAUGCUUUUAGGCGUGGAAAAGAAAGAAAUUAUUACAAAUAAACAAAAUGAGACUUUGAAAUUAGAUGAGAGGUAUAAUAUUUCGACUGACCGCAUUGAUGAAUUUGACUAUGUUGCACCUAAUAUGUUUAUGAGUUAUCAAAUAUCACUUCUCUCUGACGAUUUAGGUUUGAUGUAUCUUGGUUAUCCAACAUCUGAAAUUGCAAAUCAGCAAUUAAAAAUUGUUGAUCGUGAAAACGCAAUCAAUAUGAACAAGCCACAUCAAAAUAUCCCUAACUUCCUAACAUUAUCUACAGAGGGCUCAUUUGUGGCUUCAACAUCAGUUAUGCACCCAUUACUGGGCCAUUUACUAUCUAGUGGGUGUAAAAAAAUUACUCCUAAAUUAGCUAUUCAAGAAGCAUUCCUAAGUCAGUGUGCUGAUUCACCUAAGAAUGAUGUCUAUUGUGAUAAUAUUUAUUUACUUAAUUUAGUUUAAUUAUUUUUAAAAUUACGGUAUUUAUUCGUUAUUAUUUUCUUUAAUCUGUCUUGUUAUUAGAUUUAGUCAGUAUUUGUUUUUAUCGGGAUUCGUAUUUUUGGUAUCAAAUAUAAUUUUUAAAAUGCAA